CGUGCCGGCUGUCGGUGCCUGUAUGUCUGUCUGUCUGUGUGUACGGGUGGCCGCUGGAGUGAGUACGGGCCAUUCGACGUUCGUGAGGGCACAGGGCCACUAGGGAACGAUUGUGAGGGCGUGUGGGAAUCUCGCGCAAAAACUUGUGGAUGGUUGUGUGUAAGAAGUUGCUGUAAAUAGCUGCGAAGAUCGAAAGUGCACAAGCAAAUCCAGUGUUAUUUAUUUACGUUUACGAUGAGUGGUGUUUGAGAAAAACGUAAGCCUCGUGUUGUGGCGAGUUGGUUAUUGAAUUUCGUUCGCACGCUGUGGAGUGUGGGGUGCUGUGGGUGGCAGCGAGUGGUCACAGUCUGAAUUGCCCAGUCGUGGUGGGACACUGACUGUGGUCCGAGGACUGACGUAACUGAAGUGUCGUGAAGGGAGCUGGUGAACCGGCCGCCGAACGGAAAAACAGACAAGAUGACCAGUGAGGAGCGUCGGGGCAGCGCCCAGCCGCUGCACCAGCAGCAGAAACGUCGAGCCUGGCUGCGGCGCGCCUCAACCAGCUCGGAUAACCAGCCGCCGCCACACCGCUCCUCGGGCCGUCGGCUCAGCGCCUAUGACCGUAUUAUUGCGGAGAGGGUGCGACGUGGUAUCACCGUCAAUCUGCAACGACGUUCUUCUGUCGUUUCGACCGCCUCAAGUGACCCGGAAUCGGUCGACUCCAGCACUGGGUCCAGCUCGGGGUCCGGCUCCGGAUCCCGUGUCCGCUCCGGGUCCGGAUCCACCUCCACCUCCGGGUCCCGGGAGCACUCGGACGUAUCGCUGCGACCGCUCGCCCCGCGCCCCGACCCGCUGGACGAGACUCAGAUGACCAGCCAGGCGACCCACCGGGAGGGAGCGGCACGGUGUCAGCAGGCGGGUGGGGUGCCGCUGCUGGAUCAUCUGAUUCAGCUGGCUGCUGAGCGAGAUUCCCAGCAGAACCCCCAGCAGCCUGCUCAGCAGGGGCAGAACGGCAGGGCGGCCGAACACCCUGAGGAGAAGAGGGUGAGAUUCCGCGAAGGAUGGCGUUCUGCGCGAGGCACAGGAAGUCUAUCUGCGCUGCAUGAGGAUGAGAUAAAGAGUGUGGCAGAAAGGCAUGCUCCUUGUGGUAUCCUCAAAAAUGGAAGAUGCCAUUCGAAGUCAGAAGAUAAAGAGGACAGCGUUUGUGUGAAUGGGGAAACAGCGGAGAAGCUAUGUAAAAAUGCUAAUCGAAGCGCGGUGGAGCGAGUUGCUCAGGAGAGUAAGCUGUCAGAAACGUCCGGCAUGGAUGAAGCGCCUGCUGUUCCAGCACCCACCGAGAAUGGUUAUGAAAGCGAUGACGUAUUUGAAGCGAAGGCACUGACAACGAAGAAUGCGUCUAAUGCAGAGAGUACACAGUUGGAAGUUGAAGAAGUCAGCGAAACGUCUGCGUCCAUCCAGGAUACCAACAACGAUGAUGAAAAGGCACUGAACAGUUCUGCUGAGCCUCACAAAGAUACGACUGAACAGACAACUACCGAGGAAAAGAGAGAAGACAGCUCUGUUCCAAAAGCAUCCGCGUCAAGCGACCUUCCCAACGAGCUAUCAGCUGAUGUUGAGCCUUCCACUUCUGACCAAGCUUCAACAAAUGAAGAAAAGGAAGAAGAUCAGCCAGUUAACCUCAACGACCUCACUGUUGAAGAAAUUUCAACAGUGCCAGAAACCUCCACCGAAUCGUCCGGUGACGCACAAGGUGAACCGGCCACCAAUGAUCCCGAGGACACGCAGGCACCCUGUCCUCUACCCGUCCCUUCCGGAAUCAAACCACGACGGACUCGCCUCGACUCUGUCCCGGAGGAACCUUCGUCCUCUCCGCGCCACCAAACAAGUGACCUCGCGUCCUCCACCGCCGACCAACCCGCUACCUCUGCUCCUCUCGAAGCUGGAGAGGGCGCACCCUCCCGCCCGCUCGCUCCCACCCCACCCCAGCUACGCUCCGGGCGCGGAGUGCCCUCUCGUCGCUGGUCCAUCUCCGGUGAGCUGACCUCUCACCGGCGCGACCGUGCUGCCAUCUCUCGGCGGCUCGUGUACCUAACGCUGUCGGAGGAGGACGGGGAGCCGGCGCCCGUGUUUGAAGAGCCGAAUGGAGCGGCGGUGGAGUUUGACCCGCGCCGCGGCGAGUGGCGCCCUCUGACGGGGGAGGAGGGGCGCCGACUGGCACAGCACCGGCGCCUGUCGCUCACGAAGACCUGCUCCCUCGACUUCGACCGAAUCCCGUAAAGGAGGGAGGUGAGGGUGGGCGUGCUAAGAGUGUGAUACCAGGUUCGGAAUGAUUUGGCCUCACAGCUUUCGCAGUUUUAUUGGAAAACUGUUCUAGAAUCGCAAUCACAAAUUGGUCACUUUUUAAUUUUAGUUUUAUUGCCCUACCAAUGAUGAUUAUCAAUCAUAGGCGUUAGAAUUUUUAUUGGCCAAUUUGAAUUAUAAUCCGCUGAUGGACUAUGGCAACUCUGCCUCAUGAAUACAUCUACGUGUAUUGAGCUAUUCAGCUAGUUAGCUACUUAUUGCAUACGUCACUAUUGAGCUGAGGGCACGUAUAGAGUACAAUGCAAAAGAAAUCAUUGCAGGGGCUAUUUCAGUCCAUUCUACAUUUGCCUCAUCUUAUGCUAUGAAAGUAUUUUUCUAGGAUUACAGGGAACUAAUUACAGCCGACAGUAGGUACUUAUCUUGGCUUGCCUAGCACUUAGCAGGCAAUGAGUCGAAUUGGCCCAGACGAGCAAUGGUUUUACAAGUGCCUUGAUAAUAAAUUCACACAUACAUAUGAUGUACACGCAAGGCGAGCUUGUUUCAGCAGCAAGCAAUCGGGUUUAUGUCUCAUAACGUGUGAUCAAUCACGCUUAACUGGUUCAUCGCAGUCGACUUUUGUUUUCAGCUACUAACCGUUCUAGCAUGGGUGUCGAAGUUCAUGAACGCCGCAAACCGAAAGACACAUAUAUGCUUUGCAGUUUGCAUGUAUUAUCAGGAAACAGGUAUGUUGAAAUGGUUACGAAAGUAGUCACAGACUUUUGUCGUUUACAUGCACCUGCCUCCCUAGCUAACAUGCUAACAUGCCACGUUACCAAUCAGCAGGAGAUGUAGAUGCGUCCCUGUACAGGCAGCGUCGAGUGUGUUGUGACCGAGUAGUUCAUCGUGUGUGAUGUGCAUGAGUGGGGUUGUGAUUUUGUGCCUGGAAGGGAGUAAGGACUGACGCCUGGUUGUCUGUUGGCGUAAAUCGAUGUAUGUAAUAGGGGAGAACGGGGCGAUUUGGCCGCCUUUUUGUAAAAACGAUAUUUUGAGAAAACCAGUGCGCGUUUGGUCGAUUUCUCCAUGGAGGGGCGUGGGGCGUUCAAUUGUUGUUCUGGCCUAUUACUUGCAUCAUGCUGGGACAUCUCGUUUCGGUGGUAACUAGCCGUUCUUUCAAAGACUGCACGGCGGCCAAAUGACCCCGGUACCGGGGUCAUUUGGCCGGGGGAGUGGGGUCAUUUGGCCGGGCAUGUGAUUCAGAGAUAUACCUAUUACAGAGCUGAGACAACCUGAAGACGCCCAAGAUUGUGCUUAACUCAUGAAUUCUGGAUUGACUCGACGCAUGACUGAUGUGACGAUUCAGAUGCCCCAAUGCUGACACAAAUGAUGAGCAACGUGACUCAUCGUUGAUUCGCCUGAAAUCCUAAAUUUUUCAAAGGACUAUAGGCUUACACUCGAUUCAUUUGAAUCAGUGCAAGUGAGGAGCCACAUUUGAUUUACGAGCUUACGACUCAUGAGUUGAGCACUGCCCAGUGAUAACAACAGCAAACUGUAAUGGCUGCCAAAUCGUAGAUUGCUUUAGACAAUCGCACUGCAAAAAAGUCCUUUGUGCACGAGUUGUUUGUUUAUUUCAAACUCUGCCGUAAACACGAAAUAAAAACGAUUCCAGCAGGCCCCGUCUUCGACCCAGCACUUCAGAUCACAUCCACUGUAAAAUACGGUCCCGACGACAUGGACACAUGUCCAGUCAUCACUGCGCUUCACUGUUUGUCACCUUUGCGCUCCUGUUUCUUCGACGGUCCAGCUCCCGACGUUCGAUGGUUCGACGGUCCAGCUUGUGGACCCCGCUGUUUGCUCCUCGCCAUACGUGCCUGUUGCUCGUCCUCCAAAGCCGUCCGCUCCGGGCUGUUAGUCAUGAUUUUAGAACGCCCUUUCUUCCAACCGGCUUUUCGAACGUUGAUGCGCAGCUGCGGAAGUGGUCGGAUGGACUCUGGGCUUCCGACAAGCAACUAAGACACGGCGACAGCAGGCGGCUGGAGCACGGCCGCGGCAGGCAGCUGGAGCACGGCCGGCCCCGGGGCUGGCGGCUGGAGCACAGCCGCGGCAGGCGGCUGGAGCACGGCCGGGGCCGCGGCGUGCUGAUCUGCCGUCGCUGGGGCGACAACCGGUGCGAAGACCGCCGUCGGCGCAGUCUUCGUUGUCGAAUAUAUCCCGGUAUAGCGGGGAUAUCCCGGCCGCUUCGAAUCUCUUAACCCGCGGAUGUUCUUCCGCGUGAAGGUGGCGUCUUAGGCACGACGAAAAAUCGGCGCCACCUGUAGAGGUCGAUGUGACGUCCCGGGUUCGCCAUCUGCCGCCGGGUGCCGAAAGCCAAUCAGCGGACACCUUGGUUAGGUCGUCCCUUGCAUUUAGACUUCGCCGCAUUACCAUCCUCAGCGGCAGAACUUAGCCAGCGCAGCGCGUCGCUCGCAGACUAGGCAAAAAAUCAACUGAGUCGCUGGGCGGCCAAUUCGCCCCGUAUGGGGCGGCCAAUUUACCCCAAUAUGACAUUUUUAGGAAAAGGGGUCCGCAGACAGGCAAAAAUUGUUACUUAAACUUGCAAAAGGGUCGGACAGCUCCCUGAAUCACCAGAUUGUUCUACCAAUAGAGUUAAAAUUUUGAUGUCACCCAAAUAAGGGACACCAUGCAACUUUUCGUAAAGAAGAAAAAGUUACGCUUUUUAGCCAAAAUUCAAAUAUCGUUGGCUUUACAAAAAACUGGGCGUCGUUGAGUUUCCUUAGUUUCUUUCCAAAGUAGUUCUUAUGACGGCGGAUGGUGCCAUAUUCAAAAAUAAUCGCUCGGGACCGUCAAAACGCGUAGACAUGGGGCGGCCAAAGUGACCCGGGCGGCCAAAUGACCCCGCUCUCCCCUAGAUUCGAUGUAGAAUCGGCGUUAGUUGUGGGUGGUUGUAACGUGUUUGCACUCUUGAUUUAUUCUUGUAACGCGUAAUUCCUGCCGUUGCCGCGGCUGCGAGUCAAGUCCCAAGUCGCAGUCAACUUGCAACAAAAAGACGAAAUGUGCCUCUUUGUUUUUUACGGCAGCCUAAAGAGACGCUUCAUACGAAAUAUGAAUCGAAGAUCGAGCGGAGAGUCGUGUGAAUCGCCUCCACUCUUUUCCCCUGCUUGCAAGCAGACAUUCGUUGUGGGAAUAUGAAAUAUAUGUAUAUUGUAUAUUGUGGAUAUUGUAGCUUUCCUUUGUCACGAUCCUUGCUGUUUCCGUGACGUAGUAUGGAUGCACUAUGGAUGCAGUUUUUGACGCAAUACAACUUCACACG